AUAGAGACACUUCCUUCUCAGCUAGAAUAUUUUUAUCUGGAACUGUUGUCGGUUCUUCAGAUGAUCCUACCACUGAAUGUCCGAGUUUCAUUGUCUGGUCCAACCUAGACUGUGGAUAUCCACAAGGUUCCGGCAAUAGUUUGCAGGUGCAUGGAUUCUUUUUUGUUUUUGUUUGGGAGGAAGAGGGAGGGCCUGGGAGCCUCUGCCAACCAGGCUUCAUAUUCUUACAAAUGCAUGUAGAAAUUACUGAACUUACAGUGUUUCUAACGUCUUUCUAUAAGAGAAGAAAACUUCAUAGCCUCAACCAUGAAGAAAUCCAACUGUGUAGGGCAUGGAGCUGGAGAACUAUGAGCAGCCGGUGAUUCUGAGAGAGGACAACCUCCGCCGGCGUCGGAGAAUGAAGCCACGCAGCGUGGCGGCCAGCCUGUCCUCCAUGGAGCUCAUCCCCAUUGAGUUCGUGCUGCCCACCAGCCAGCGGGACACCAAGAUUCCGGAAACGGCGCUGCUGCACGUGGCGGGGCACGGCAACGUGGAGCAGAUGAAAGCCCAGGUGUGGCUGCGCUCGAUGGAGACUAGUGUGGCCGCGGACUUCUACCACCGGUUGGGUCCGGACCACUUCAUCUUGCUCUACCAGAAGAAGGGACAGUGGUACGAGAUCUAUGACAAGUACCAGGUGGUGCAGACCCUGGACUGCCUGCGGUACUGGAAGAUGCUGAAUAAGAGCCCAGGUCAGAUCCACGUAGUACAGCGGCAUGCGCCCUCCGAGGAGACCCUGGCCUUCCAGCAGCAGCUCACCGCCCUCAUCGGCUACGACGUCACUGACAUCAGCAACGUGCAUGACGACGAGCUGGAGUUCACACGCCGCCGCCUGGUCACACCUCGCAUGGCAGAGGUGGCAAGUCGCGAUGCCAGGCUCUACGCCAUGCACCCCUGGGUGACAUCCAAGCCCCUCCCUGAGUACCUGUCAAAGAAGAUUACCAACAACUGCAUCUUCAUUGUCAUCCAUCGCAGCACGACCAGCCAGACCAUCAAGGUCUCAGCUGAUGACACCCCAGGUGCCAUCCUCCAGAGUUUCUUCACCAAGAUGGCCAAAAAGAAGUCACUGAUGGACAUCCCGGAAAGCCAAAAUGAGCAGGAUUUUGUGCUGCGUGUCUGUGGCCGGGAUGAGUACCUGGUUGGUGAAACACCCAUCAAAAACUUCCAAUGGGUUAGGCACUGCCUUAAGAAUGGAGAAGAGAUUCAUCUAGUGCUGGACAGGCCUCCGGACCCAGCCCUGGAUGAGGUGAGGAAAGAAGAGUGGCCACUGGUAGAUGACUGCACCGGAGUCACCGGCUACCAUGAGCAGCUGACCAUCCAUGGCAAAGAUCAUGAGAGUGUGUUUACUGUAUCCCUGUGGGACUGUGACAGGAAGUUCAGGGUCAAGAUCAGAGGCAUUGAUAUUCCUGUCCUACCCCGAAAUGCAGACCUCACAGUUUUUGUGGAAGCAAACAUCCAGCAUGGGCAGCAAGUUCUUUGCCAAAGAAGAACCAGCCCCAAACCCUUCACAGAGGAGGUGCUCUGGAAUGUAUGGCUCGAGUUCAGUAUCAAAAUCAAAGACUUACCCAAAGGGGCUCUACUGAACCUCCAGAUAUUCUGUGGCAAAACUCCUGCACUGUCAGGCAAAGCCUCUGCAGAGACUCCCAGUUCAGAGUCCAAGGGCAAAGCUCAGCUUCUUUACUAUGUAAACCUGCUACUGAUAGACCACAGGUUCCUCCUGCGCCAUGGGGAAUAUGUGCUCCACAUGUGGCAGAUAUCUGGGAAGGGAGAAGACCAAGGGAGCUUUAAUGCGGACAAGCUCACGUCUGCCACCAACCCAGACAAAGAGAACUCAAUGUCCAUCUCCAUUCUUCUGGACAAUUACUGUCACCCAAUAGCCCUGCCUAAGCAUCGGCCCACUCCUGACCCCGAAGGUGACCGAGUUCGAGCUGAAAUGCCCAACCAGCUUCGAAAGCAACUAGAGGCAAUCAUAGCCACUGAUCCACUUAAUCCCCUCACAGCAGAGGACAAAGAAUUGCUCUGGCAUUUUAGAUAUGAAAGCCUGAAGCAUCCCAAAGCAUAUCCUAAGCUAUUUAGCUCAGUGAAAUGGGGACAGCAAGAAAUUGUGGCCAAAACAUACCAACUGUUAGCCAGAAGGGAGGUCUGGGAUCAAAGUGCUUUGGAUGUUGGGUUAACAAUGCAGCUCCUGGACUGCAACUUUUCAGAUGAAAAUGUCAGAGCCAUUGCAGUUCAGAAACUGGAGAGCUUGGAGGACGAUGAUGUUUUGCAUUACCUGCUGCAGCUGGUGCAGGCCGUCAAAUUUGAACCAUACCAUGACAGUGCCCUGGCAAGAUUUCUGCUGAAGCGUGGCUUAAGGAACAAAAGAAUCGGUCACUUCUUGUUUUGGUUCUUGAGAAGCGAGAUUGCUCAGUCCAGGCACUAUCAGCAGAGAUUCGCCGUGAUCCUGGAAGCCUAUCUGAGGGGCUGUGGCACAGCCAUGCUGCAGGACUUUACUCAGCAGGUCCAAGUCAUCGAGAUGUUACAAAAAGUCACCAUUGAUAUUAAGUCACUCUCUGCUGAGAAGUAUGACGUCAGUUCCCAAGUUAUUUCACAACUGAAGCAAAAGCUUGAAACCCUGCAGAAUUCUAAUCUCCCAAAAAGCUUUAGAGUUCCCUAUGAUCCUGGUCUGAAAGCAGGAACCCUGGUGAUUGAAAAAUGUAAAGUGAUGGCCUCCAAGAAAAAGCCCCUGUGGCUUGAGUUUAAAUGUGCAGAUCCUACAGCUCUCUCCAAUGAAACAAUUGGAAUCAUCUUCAAACAUGGUGAUGAUCUGCGCCAAGACAUGCUUAUUUUACAGAUAUGUGUCAGGAUAUUAGAGUUAUUGUGGGAAAAUAUCCAUGACAGAGCCCCCUUCUCCAUCAAACUCCUCAUCCUCAAUGUAGGAAUGAUCGAGAUCGUGAAAGAUGCGACAACAAUUGCCAAAAUCCAGCAAAGCACAGUGGGCAACACGGGUGCGUUCAAAGAUGAAGUCCUGAAUCACUGGCUCAAAGAAAAAUGCCCCAUCGAAGAAAAGUUUCAGGCAGCAGUGGAGAGAUUUGUUUAUUCCUGUGCAGGCUACUGUGUGGCAACCUUUGUUCUUGGAAUAGGCGACAGACACAAUGACAAUAUUAUGAUCUCAGAAACAGGAAACCUAUUUCAUAUUGAUUUUGGGCACAUUCUUGGGAAUUAUAAAAGUUUCCUGGGCAUUAAUAAAGAGAGAGUGCCCUUUGUGCUCACCCCAGACUUCUUGUUUGUGAUGGGAACUUCUGGAAAAAAGACAAGCCCACACUUCCAGAAAUUUCAGGAUGUCUGUGUCAAGGCCUACCUAGCCCUUCGCCAUCACACAAACCUGCUGAUCAUCCUGUUCUCCAUGAUGUUGAUGACAGGAAUGCCCCAGUUAACCAGCAAAGAAGAUAUCGAGUACAUCCGGGAUGCCCUGACAGUGGGGAAAAACGAGGAGGAUGCUAAAAAGUACUUCCUUGAUCAGAUUGAAGUUUGCAGAGACAAAGGAUGGACCGUGCAGUUUAAUUGGUUCCUGCACCUUGUUCUUGGCAUCAAGCAAGGAGAGAAACACUCAGCCUAAUACUUUGGGCUGGAGUAAAAAACAACUCUGUGUUCUAAAGCUUUUAAAUCGGCACAUCAGAGUCAUCAAGCUUGUAUUUAAAAUGCAACAGGACAUGGUAAGAGCUGGCACUUAACAGAGCUCCUUUCCUAGCUGAACUCCUCACUGGAGAAAAGAAACGAUGGGCAGCACCGACUGCUGAAGUUAUAUUCAGCGCUGGGCUUCUUUGCAGGUUUGUUUCUUCUCUUUCGUCUCAGUGAUGCUGGAGGACAUUUCGAGUUGAGACAGACUGAUGAUGUCCUUACGGGGGCCUGAUAUUUUGACUAUCUUAUUGAGUGCUUCUGGAAAUUCUUUAGAAUAGUUGAUGACAUCUGUUUUACUCUCAAUUUUGGUUCUCCUCCUGUGCUUUAAGCUCUCCAGGAAAAAAGAUGCAACUGUUGUAACCUUUGUCUCAUUCCUCAAAUGAUGCUUCCAAACCUCCCCUUGGUGUUGGCAGAUGUCAGUGGUGUGCUAAAAGCAAGGAAAGCAUGUUAGUCUUUUCAGUAUCUUUUGCAAUCAGAUUCUUUAACACUGUGCAGCUGAGAUGCACAGAGGGGAAACCCUUAACUUUGCCAGCCUGCCUCCAGGGUAAUGGAUAUCCAAAACAGAGAUGAGACCUUUUAUUAUCCAAUACAAUUAGUGUGGCCUCCAGCACAGAAACCGGAAGUCACCAAUAGGGCUCUGCUGGCCUGCACCUGCUCAUUCCCUCUCUCCCUUCCUCCCUGACUCCCUUCUUCUUCAGGUGAGACCUUUCUGCAACCCUUUGUGAACCUGUGAGAACAUCAAGGACAUCUUUACCUUAGACCUCAAAACUUGGCUGAAAAAAGAUUUGUAUUCUAGGAUUACUAGAAUUAUAAGUACUAGUUUAUGAAGAUGUUUAGUGGAUUUUUUUAAAAGUAUGUUAUUAAGGGAGGAAUUCUAGAAAAUAUGAUUUUAUUAAUAUGAUAGUUUCCACAUGCUUUAAUUUAAAUUUUUGGUCUUAAUAUAUAUAUUUUUUAAUUUUUAAAUAGAAGAAGAUAUUUGUUAUUUAAGGAGUUUGAAAGAACACUACUUGUCUUACCCAUUUCUUGGUUUCAUAGACUUUUAGACUUUGGUACAUCCUGUAUUUACUGAAAACAACUAAAAUAUCUUCCUUAAAAAAAAUUUCAUCUCUUAAGUUUCUUGCCAGUUUCAUCUCUUAAGUUUUUUGAUUAACCUCAGAGAGAGAUCAUUAAAUAUUAUAUUAUUUAUAUAAUAUCUUUAAUUACCUGUAGUUAAUAAAUUACAUAAAAAUAAUUAUGUUGAUGGUGUCUACAUUUAAGUAUAAUCAGAUAUAAAUAUAUUUCUAAUUUUUUUAAUUUUCAAAAUAGAUACCCAAUGGACUUUGAUGUAGCCCAUUAAAAAAAAAAAAAACCUCUCUUUUGUGUAUUAAAAAGCCAAGGGAUGCUCAACUCUGGCUGCAAAUAAGAACCACCA